UUUUUGUUUCAAAGCGUAAGCUGUUUGUAUUUGUUUGUGGACGGUGUGUGUAGUUCAGAAACACCGAAAUCGGCCAAUCGGGCUCUUGUAAAAAACAACAACAAGCUGUAUAAUAACAUGGCGUCAGCCGGCACAGCUGUAGUCGAAACUCCGCUGCAAGAAAAUGUUCAAAAUGGUUAUACGUCGAACGCUGCAUGGAAAGUUAAGUCCUGGGGUUCCAACAACAAUUCUGUAAAAUGUGAAAGUACUUCCUUUGCUGAUGUGAUGAGCGAACAAUUGGCGAAUGAAUUACAAUUGGAUGAAAAUUACGAGUUGGAAAAUCCACUACAAGAAACUGUAUUUUUAAAUGAUUCCACUUUGAAUGAACCAGUUGAGUGGAGCAAAAGUAACGAUACAUCCAAUGAUGAAGUGUUGGCGCAAAUCUUGCAAGCUCAAUUGGAUCAAGAAUUCAAUGAAAGUGUAACUCGACAAGAAAAUCAAGUUAAUAAAAACUCAAAGGUGCGGCUGUCAUUUAAUAAUUAUCGGACGGACUCCUUGUUUACAUCCGAUGAUAACUAUGAUGAUGAUGAUGAAGAAGAUGAGGUUGAUGGCACUGGAAGAGAGGGAUGUUCGGAGGCGGAUCAAAGUUCAAAUAUGCUCGAGUUUCCUUCGGAUAAAGGUUUGCAGAAAUACAUGAAUAUUGUAAAAGUGUACAUAUAUAUAUGCAUAUUAAAAAAGUUGAAAUGA